GCCACUCCUCCAGGAAGAUAUCAAGAUUCCCAUUCAGCAGACAAUUUGAGCUGUGCAUCUCCGUGACUAGCCACCACGGUCAUUGCAAUUUUCGGUAUAUCGAAUUCGUAUCUUUCAAGUGACGACUCCAAAUACACUGGCAAGCUCCAGUCAUCUCAGGAAUCGACACUAUCAGCACCCGCGACCUCAAGAGCUUGCUGUGCAAUUCUUAAAUUCUCUCCCAACGAAUCGAGCAAUUGCCCAGUAUGUCAAACGUACUUCUCUUCGGCGAUCAGACUGCCGAGCAGUAUCCGCUGCUACACCGAAUUGUCCUCCGGAAGGACAAUGCUCUGGUUUCUAACUUCAUCGAACGUGUUGCGCUCGCGAUUCGUGAGGAGACUCGCCAACUCCCUCGAAGCCAGCGCAACGCUAUUCCCGACUUUUUGACCCUGAGCAAUCUGGUCGAAGCGUACUACCAGAAAGGUGACAAAGUCCCUGCCCUCGAGUCGGCGUUUCUCACCGCGACUCAAAUUGGUCACUACAUUGGCUACUUCUCCGAACAUCCUACCGAACUUCCAGCUUCGACCGAUACUCGAGUUAUUGCGCUCUGCACCGGUCUCUUAUCCGCAACCGCAGUGGUCUCCGCCAGAAACGUGGAGGAGCUCGUCAGCCUCGGCGUUGACUUUGUACGCAUUUCUUUCCGCACUGGUGCUGCCGUCGACAGCGUCCGAACCGUUUUGGCGCAAAGCGGCGAGGAAAAUGAGCCCUGGUCGACGGUUGUCACAGGUGGGUCGGAAGCAGAAGUCAAAGCAGCCCUGACCGAGUUCCACAAGGCUCAGGGUAUCCCGCAGUCCAACUGGAUCUGGGUCAGUGCCGUGUCCGGCAUGGCCCUCACACUUUCAGGUCCUCCCAGUGUUGUGAAUCGUUUCUUCGACCAUGCCAGCUCUCUCUCCCUGCAACAGCGCAUCAAAAUUCCGAUCUUUGGGCCAUACCAUGCCGAGCACUUGUUUGCCGAGGCUGAUUACGAUAAGAUCCUCAGUGGCACCGUCGGCGCGGAGCUCAAGAAGCGCCAGCCAGCGUCCCUCGUGCACUCUGCCACCUCUGGAAAGCCAAUGGUGGCCGAAGAUGCCUAUGAACUGGCGAAGAUUGCACUUUGUGAGAUUCUGCACUAUCCUGUCCGUUGGGAUCGCCUUCUGGAAGAGUCCGUCACACAAGUCGCCGCCAGCAAGUCUCCAGCAAGGAUCUUUGCCCUUGGGUCGAGCAACAUUGCCAACAGUCUUGUCUCUGCGCUUAAGGCGGGCGGCAAGACCGAUGUCACCCUAGUUGACCAGUCUAGCUGGCUUGACAAGGAAAGCUACUCUGGCCGCACCCAGAACGAUAAGAUUGCCAUUGUCGGAAUGGCCGGACGCUAUCCCAAUGCUGCUGAUCAUGAAGCGCUCUGGGAUCUACUUAUGAAGGGUCUCGAUGUUCACCGCAAGAUCCCGGCUGAUAGAUUCGACGCUGACGCUCAUUGCGAUCCUUCCGGCAAAGGCAAAAACAAAUCGCACACGCCUUUCGGUUGCUUUAUCGACGAACCAGGUCUUUUCGAUCCGCGAUUCUUCAAUAUGUCUCCCCGUGAGGCUGCUCAGACCGAUCCCAUGGGCCGUCUCGCACUGGUGACUGCUUAUGAAGCUCUUGAAAUGUCUGGAUAUGUGCCUAAUCGUACGCCAUCAACAAAACUUCAUCGCAUCGGUACCUUCUACGGCCAGACUUCUGACGACUGGCGUGAAAUCAACGCGGCGGAGAACGUCGACACGUACUUCAUCACAGGUGGCGUACGCGCCUUCGCGCCGGGCCGCAUCAAUUAUUACUUCAAAUUCUCUGGCCCGUCCUAUUCUAUCGACACCGCUUGUUCGUCAUCACUUGCUGCCAUCCAGCUUGCAUGUACUUCGCUCUGGGCCGGUGACUGUGAUACCGCCUGUGCUGGUGGUCUCAACGUCCUCACCAACCCCGACAUCUUCUCUGGUCUCUCCAAGGGACAGUUCCUGUCCAAGACGGGCUCUUGCAAGACCUACGACAAUGAUGCUGAUGGCUAUUGUCGCGGUGACGCCUGUGGUACAGUCAUUCUCAAGCGUUAUGAGGAUGCCAUCGCAGAUAAGGAUAACAUCCUUGGUUGUAUCCUGGGUGCUGCAACGAAUCACUCAGCCGAGGCUGUAUCUAUCACUCACCCUCAUGCCGGAGCCCAAGAAUUUCUCUACAAGCAAGUGCUUGCGAAUGCUGGCGUUGAUGCUCACGAGAUUAGCUACGUUGAAAUGCACGGAACUGGAACUCAAGCUGGAGAUGGCAUUGAGAUGACUUCGGUGACUAACGUCUUCGCUCCUCGCCACAGGCAGCGAAAGCCAGAGCAGACGGUUCAUCUCGGGGCAAUUAAAGCAAACGUCGGUCACGCUGAAGCGGCCUCCGGUAUCAACUCGCUCAGCAAGGUCUUGCUUAUGAUGAAGUACAACAAAAUUCCGGCAAACGUCGGUAUCAAGGGCGAGAUGAACAAGACUUUCCCUGCUGAUCUGAAAGAUCGCAAUGUACACAUCUCUCGCGGAGAGGUCGACUGGCCUCGUAAGGGUGCCACUCCUCGCAAGGUCUUCCUCAACAAUUUCUCUGCUGCCGGUGGUAACACUGCCCUGCUCAUCGAGGAUGGCCCAUUGCGCAAGGCGGUUACUGGUGUCGAUGCACGCAGCACUCUCCCCUUCACAGUUACUGCCCGCUCGAUUGGCUCGCUUAAGCGCAACAUUGCGAGUCUGCAGAAAUAUAUGACAGAGAAUUCUGCUACAACUCUCUCUUCACUCUCUUACACCCUGACUGCGCGUCGCAUCCAGCACAAUUAUCGGGUGGCUUUCUCGCUUGCCGACAUCGGCAAGGUCAAUGAUUCCCUGGAGGCGCAGAUCAAGGAAUCGUACAGCCCGGUACCGAUGGUGCCUUCUAAGGUUGCCUUCUGCUUCACUGGACAAGGUUCGCAGUACACCGGUCUGGGACAAAAGCUUUACCAGGACUUGAAGAGCUUCCGCAGCGACAUUGAUCAGCUCGACCAACUGGCUCGUCUCCAGGGUCUACCUUCCUUCCUUGAGCUAUUGGAUGGCACUGAUGUCCAAACAUUGUCACCGGUCAAGGUUCAGCUAGGAAUGGCAUGCAUCCAAGUUGCACUGGCACGCAUGUGGGCUGCCUGGGGCAUUACUCCAACUGCUGUCAUUGGUCACAGUUUGGGAGAGUACGCUGCCUUGCAUGUCGCUGGAGUCAUCUCUGCUUCCGACAUGGUGCUCCUGGUUGGUCGCCGCGCAGAGCUUCUAGUACGCGAUUGCACUCCUCACACGCACGGUAUGCUCGCCGUCAAGGGAAGCGCCGAAGCCAUCCGUGGCGCUCUUGGUAGCAAGAUGACAGAGAUUGCCUGCAUCAAUGGACCCGAGGAGACCGUCCUCUGCGGUAGUGCCGAAGUUGUGAGCGACGUCAAUGAUGCGCUGACUCACCGCGGCAUCAAGGCCACAAAGCUGAACGUGCCCUUCGCGUUCCACUCUGCCCAGGUUGAUCCGAUUCUCAAGCGAUUCACCGAGAUUGCUUCAGCCGUCACCUUCAAGAAGCCUGUGGUCCCAGUCCUUUCACCACUAGGAGGCGAGGUCAUUCGCGACGCUGGAAUCAUCAAUCCCGAGUAUCUCGCUCGUCAUGCCCGCGAACCUGUCAACUUCUGGUCUGCUCUCGCAGCUGGUCAGAAGGAAUCGGUGUUUGACGAGAAAACGACUUGGCUCGAAAUUGGUGCUCACCCGGUCUGCUCUGGGAUGGUAAAGGCCUCCACGGGCGCCGCCGUCACGGUACCCUCGUUACGUCGCGGGGAGGAUAGCUGGAAGACUAUCGCGAACAGCAUGUGUGCGUUGUUCACUGCUGGCGUGAACAUCAAUUUCGACGAAUUCCAUCGCGAAUUCAAUGAUGCUCAGGAGCUACUUCCCCUGCCCACGUAUAGUUUCGACAACAAAAAGUAUUGGCUGGACUACCACAACAACUGGACCUUGACCAAGGGCGAGGCACCACAGAUCCGUGAGAUCCUUGUCGAGAAGCCGGCCAUUGAAGCUGCGCCAGUGAUCGAGGUACCAGCCAAACGUCUUUCCACCUCGUGCCAGAAGGUCGUCAGCGAAGACUUCCACGGCAACACUGGUCGCGUCAUCAUUCGCAGCAGUCUGGCAGACGAGAAGCUCUACCCCGUCGUCUGCGGUCACAUGGUCAAUAAUGCUGCGCUUUGCCCUUCAUCCCUUUAUGCCGAUAUGGCACUCACUGUCGCCGAUUACAUCAUCAAGCAAAUGCGGCCUGGCACUGAAGUCCCUGGCCUCAACGUCUGCAAUAUGGAGGUUCCCAAGCCUUUGAUUGCUCAGAUUCCUCAACCACCUCAGGGUCAGCAUCUCGAACUUGAGGCGAAUGCUGAUUUAGACACUGGCGUAGUCAAGCUGUCAUUCCGUAGCGUGCAUCCCGAUGGCAAGAAGAUUCAAGAUCACGCGCACUGCAUUGUUCGUUACGAGGACAAGGCUACUUGGGCUGCCGAAUGGUCACGCUACAACUACAUGGUCAAGGCUCAAAUGGACAUGCUCACUCAGAAGUCGCUCACCGGUGGCGCCCACAAGGUCCAGCGCGGCAUGGCCUACAAGCUAUUCAAGGCCCUCGUCAACUAUGAUGGGAAGUACCGCGCCAUGGCCGAAGUCGUGAUGGACGGCGCCUCCACUGAGGCGUCUGCGUCCCUUGAUUUUCCCACAAAGCCCGAGGACGGAGACUUUUAUUGCGCUCCCUACCACAUUGAUGGCGCUUGCCACAUCUCGGGCUUCAUCGUCAAUGCUUCUGACUUGCUCGACUCAGAGCAGGCGGUCUACAUCUCUCAUGGCUGGGGCGCCAUGAAGUUCUCUCGCCCGCUCGUUGCCGGAAUGCGUCUUCGAAACUACGUACGCAUGCAGCCGCAGCCUGGCAAGAUCUCCAUGGGUGACGUUUACAUCAUGCAAGGAGACGAGAUCAUCGCAGUGUGCGAGGCCAUUAAAUUUCAAGAGAUUCCCCGCCGUGUUCUAAAUACCUUCCUACCACCCAACAAAGGGUCCGCUGCACAGUCGACUGUGCCUAAAGCAGUCGCUGUGCCAGCAUAUCGUGCUCCCGCUUCAACUUCGGCUUCGGCUCCGAUGAAAUUCGCCCCAGCUCCACUUUCCCCUGUUCGAACGGUCGCCGCCGUUCCUGCCACUGCACCCAUAAUCAUUGCCGCAAAGCCAAAGAAGGCAGCUUCCGCCCCAAAGAAGACCGCUGACGGUCUAACAAACAAGGUCAUGAAGAUCCUUGCCAAGGAGACUGAAGUUGAAGAAGCGGAAUUGGUCGACGACGCACACUUCGAGAACCUAGGUGUUGAUUCUCUUCUGUCACUGACCAUCUCAGCUAUCUUCCGUGAAGAGCUCGAUAUGGAGAUCAGCUCCUCGCUCUUCACGGACUACCCCACUGUCGGCGAUAUGAAGAAGUACUUUGCGCAGUUUGACGGUGCCUCAAUCGAAACAAGCAGUGUCUCGGAGUCCGAGGAGGACUCAGACAAUGAUUCCGUCACACCUACCGAUAUCGCUACUCCUUACACCCAGAUGUCCACGCCUGCUAGCACCGUCAUCAGUGUUGCCCCAAGUGAGGCAGGAAAGCCCGAGAUCGAUUCGCCCACGCGCGAAACGCUUUCUGAGGUCGGUGACGUCUCGCUCGCACGACAUGUGGUUGCCCAAGAAAUGGGCGUCGACAUCUCUGAGAUCACUGACGACGCUGAGCUGGCAGAGAUGGGCAUGGACUCACUCAUGAGCCUGACCAUUCUUGGCGAGCUUCGUGAGAAGACCGGUGUCGAUCUUCCUUCCACUUUUCUCACCACUAACCCGACCAUCAAGGAUAUCGAGAACGCUCUUGGCAUGCGACCCAAGGCUGCUGCGCUCAAGAUGAUAUCUGCACCCAAGCCAUCGUCAUCAUCAACGAAGAUCGAUCUCAAUGAGGUCAGCGCUCGUCUGGCUGCCAUCAACAAAACCGACAUCACCAAAUACCCAGCAGCCACUUCCGUGCUACUUCAGGGUAACGCCAAAAUCGCGUUCCAGAAAAUAUUCUUCCUGCCAGAUGGCUCUGGCUCGGCCACCUCAUAUGUUUCCAUUCCGAACCUCGGCCCAGAUGUUGCCGCCUACGGUCUGAAUUGUCCAUUCAUGAAGGAUCCCACACAGUGGCAAUGCGGCAUUGAGGUCGUAUCAUUGAUCUAUCUUGCUGAGAUCAGACGGCGACAACCUCAAGGCCCAUACAUCGUCGGCGGCUGGUCCGCUGGUGGUGUCAUUGCCUACGCCGUCUGCCAAGCUCUCCUCGCUGCCGGCGAGACCGUCUCGAAACUGUUCCUCCUUGAUUCACCGUGUCCCGUCGAUCUUCCUCCGCUCCCAUCCAAACUCCACGUCUACUUCAACGACAUCGGUCUCCUCGGCACCGGCGAUCCCUCCAAGACUCCGAAAUGGCUCCUGCCUCACUUCGCUUCCGCUAUCCGCAGCCUGUCUGCCUACGACCCGAAGCCAACAAUCGCGCCAGUGCCCACAUACGCAGUAUGGUGCCGUGAUGGUGUCUGCGGCGCGCCCGGUGCCAAGAGACCUGUCGUGGAGCCAGCGGAUGCAGACAACGCGCCCAUGCUCUGGCUUCUGAACAACCGCACAGACUUCGGAGACAACGGCUGGGGACAGCUGUGUGACACUAAGAACAUGAAAUUCGGCGUCAUGGAAGGCCACCACUUCACCAUGAUGAAGGAGCCUCAUGCACAGGAACUUGGCAAAUUGAUCCGAGAAGGCUUAGACUGGAAGCCAUAGAGUCUGGCUUAUCACCAGCCCUGCCUUUGCAAAUCUUCUCCACGGUCCUCUCCAUCCCCCGAACUCGAUACUGCUCCGAAGCUGCUGAGACAACGGCGUGCCCUUUUCUUUCCUCCUGAUGCGCGAAGUAAGGCCUUGGCCGGCCAUGCACUUCACCGUUAGCGGGCUCUCAGACGGGAUACCAGCUUGUUCAGCCACUUCCGGGUAUCCAUCGAUUCUCUCUCUCACUCACUUAUGCAGUUUUUGUGCUCGACCGAUUUAAUCCGGAGCGAUAAUACUGCAUUACCAGUUUCAUGGCGGAGGGCGACCUCCGACCCAUGUCAUUUUUGGUUCACGUUUGAUUCACGGUCAUGGGAUAGAAGCGUUUCGGUUUUAAUCUUGCGA